GUAUCACUACAAGUAUAACUACAGGUAUCACUACAGGUAUCACUACAAGUAUAACUACAGGUAUCACUACAGGUAUCACUACAAGUAUAACUACAGGUAUGACUACAGGUAUAACUACAGGUAUCACCACAGGUAUCACUACAAGUAUGACUACAGGUAUAACUACAGGUAUCACUACAGGUAUCACCACAGGUAUCACUACAAGUAUGACUACAGGUAUAACUACAGGUAUCACUACAAGUAUGACUACAGGUAUCACUACAAGUAUAACUACAGGUAUCACUACAAGUAUGACUACAGGUAUCACUACAAGUAUGACUACAGGUAUAACUACAGGUAUCACUACAGGUAUGACUACAGGUAUAACUACAAGUAUAACUACAGGUAUCACUACAAGUAUGACUACAGGUAUAACUACAAGUAUAACUACAGGUAUCACUACAAGUAUAACUACAGGUAUCACUACAAGUAUGACUACAGGUAUAACUACAGGUAUCACUACAGGUAUGACUACAGGUAUAACUACAAGUAUAACUACAGGUAUAACUACAGGUAUCACUACAAGUAUGACUACAGGUAUAACUACAGGUAUCACUACAGGUAUGACUACAGGUAUAACUACAAGUAUAACUACAGGUAUAACUACAGGUAUCACUACAAGUAUGACUACAGGUAUAACUACAGGUAUGACUACAAGUAUAACUACAGGUAUGACUACAGGUAUAACUACAGGUAUCACUACAAGUAUGACUACAGGUAUAACUACAGGUAUCACUACAGUUAUGACUACAGGUAUGACUACAGGUAUCACUACAGGUAUGACUACAGGUAUCACUACAGGUAUGACUACAGGUAUCACUACAGGUAUGACUACAGGUAUCACUACAGGUAUCUCUGGUUGUGA